AUGGCCUCGGCUGCGACGAAUGGCGAUGCCGCCGCGGCGCUCGACGACAUCAAGCCCCCCGCCGGCGUGGUGCUCCCGCCGCGCGAGAUACGCAACGUCCUCGAGAAGACGGCGGGCUACGUGGCGCGCAACGGCUUCGUCUUCGAGGACAGGAUCCGCGAGAAGGAGCGCGCCAACCCCAAGUUCAGCUUCCUCAACACGGCCGACGCCUACUACGCCUUUUACCAGUGGCGGCUCGAGGAGAUCAAGGCCGGGCGCGGCACGGCCAUCGCGGCGGGACGCGCCAACGAGGCGGCGGCGGCGGCGGCUGAGAAGCCCAAGGGACCGCCCAAGCCGGCGGACUUUCAGUUCUCGGCGCGCAUGCCGCGGCUCAGCCAGAAGGACCUCGACGUCAUCCGGCUGACGGCGCUGUUCGUGGCCAAGAACGGGCGGCAGUUCAUGACGCAGCUGGCGCAGCGCGAGGCCGGCAGCCCGCAGUUUCACUUUCUCAUCCCGAACCACACCUUUCACAACUUUUUCCAGCACCAGGUCGACCAGUACACGGCGCUGCUGCGGACGACGGGCCUCGGCGGCGAGGGCGGCAAGCUGCAGCAGGAGGUCACGGCUGAGCUGCAGGGCAACGUCGACGACAAGUACAGGGUGCUGGCGCGGGCGCGGCAGCGGGCCGAGUACGUGCGCUUCCAGGAGGCCGAGAAGGUCAAGAGGGAGCAGGAGACGGAGAAGAAGCGGGAGGAGUUUGCGCGCAUCGACUGGAACGACUUUGUCGUCGUCGAGACGAUCGUCUUCAACGACGUCGACGAGCAGGCCAACCUGCCGCCGCCGACGAACCUCGCCGAUUUGCAGUACGCGUCUCUUGAGGAGAGGAACAACGCGUCGAUUGGCGGCAAUUUCCGCAUCGAGGAGGCCAUGCCCGACGAGGUCACCGACUACAAUGCGACGUCGCUGCCGCUGCACAACAGCUACGCGCCGCAACAAUCCCAGCCGCAGCAGCCAUAUCAACAGACACACGGACCGAAUGGACAACCGCCGAGGAAGACGGCCGAAGAGGAGGAGGAAGACAGGCGGAUCCAGGAGAGGAGCGACGCACGCGCAAGGGAGCAGCAGGCACGAGCCGAGGCACGGGGCGGCAACGGGCCCAUGAAGAUCAAGGAGAACUACGUGCCGCGAGCGAUGCAGCGGGCGGCGCAAGCGGUGCCGAUGGCGUUGUGCCCGAACUGCAAGCAGCAGAUUCCGAUGGACGAGCUCGAGGCGCACAUGAGGAUUGAACUGCUCGAUCCUCGAUGGAAGGAUCAGAAGGCCAAGGCCGACGCGCGUUAUGCGACGACGAACCUGUCGACGGCUGAUGUGGCCAACAACCUCAAGAGGUUGGCUAGCCAGCGCAGCGAUGUGUUUGACGGCAUUACGGGCCAGCCUCUUAGUGAAGAGGAGCAGGCUCGGCGGAAGAAGGCGGCGGUCCACGGCGUGGAGAACCCCAACAUGGGGCCCAACCACAUGCAAGGGCUCAAUGUGACUGACCAGAUCCGAGCGAUCCACCAAAAGUUUUCGGAUCGCAAGUAG